GCACGCGUCUGGGUUGGAACAGCAGCAUCGGCUUCAAAAGGAGAAGCUCGCCUUGUACCUCCCUUUAGUUCAGGAGCGUUGCUGCUUCGGGAGGAGCAUGCCUCCGUCCUGACUGCCGCUAGUGAUUCAUUUCUGGCACAAAAGCAGACCAUGCACUUGCCGUAUUCAGCAUUACCAGACCCAGCGUUCCUCACAUCUGCUGUGCUAUGAUUAAAAACAUGGUAGCGCAAUCAUCGCUGAAGAACUGCUUUCAGUUGUCUUGCGUUCUCAGGACUCCAAAGGCUGGCUUCAAAGGCACGAGUAACAGAGGGCUCAUUCUCCAGUCUGUUUCUAAUGAUGUUUACCAAAAUCUAGCUGUGGAAGACUGGAUCCAUGACCACAUGAACUUGGAGAACCAGCAGGUCCUUUUCAUUUGGAGAAACUCUCCUGCUGUGGUAAUAGGGAGACAUCAGAACCCCUGGCAGGAAUGCAACCUUCAGCUCAUGAGGCAAAAUAGUAUAAAACUAGCCAGGAGAAGAAGCGGAGGAGGGACAGUUUACCAUGAUUUAGGGAAUAUCAAUCUGACUUUCUUUACAACCAGAAAAAAAUAUGAACGAAUGGAAAAUCUGAAACUAGUUGUGAAGGCACUGAAAGCCCUGCGCCCCCAGUUAGAUGUACAUGUCACAGAUAGAUAUGACAUCUUGCUAGAUAGACAUUACAAAAUCUCAGGUACUGCUGCAAAGCUGGGAAGGACAACUGCUUAUCACCACUGUACCUUACUCUGUAAUGCAGAUAAAUUUGUUUUAUCUUCUGUGCUAAAGAGUCCUUAUAAAGGGCUAAAAAGCAAUGCCACUCCUAGUGUGCCUUCCUCAGUGAAAAAUCUCUUUGAAGAGGAUCCUACUUUAACUUGUGAGAUGCUUUUAGGGGCUAUUGCUGAAGAAUACGCUAUGCGACAUCAAAUAGAUCAUCACAUCACCUUAAUAAACCCAGCUGAUGAGACUGUGCUUCCUGGAAUUAAUAAUAAAACUAAAGAACUACAAACCUGGGAAUGGGUGUAUGGAAAGACACCAAAGUUUAGUAUUAGCACGUAUUUUAAUGUAGUCUAUAAAGAUUCUGUUCUUGCAGUUAAAGUAGAUAUGGAUGUAAAGCAUGGAAGAAUCGAAGUCUGUAACAUUGAUGUACCAGAGCAGUGGCUGCCACCAGCAUUGUGCAAUGAACUAGUGAAGAACCUCACUGGCAGUAAGUUUUGCCCAAAUGAAAUCACUACACUAGCAACCACGUUACUAAGAACAUGUCCACAAGAAGAUGAGUUGCAUAACAAGUGGAAUCUCUUAUGUGAGAACAUGAGAAUGUUAAUGUGACUUUUACUUUGAAAAUACAAGUCAAAUCUCUGCUGCUUUUUCAGUUAAUUUAUUGAAAAUGAAAUUAAAACAUUAAUUUGUGGAA